ACUGUACCCCCGCAGAGAAGGGCUGAGGCCGACGAGGUGGUGGGCGAGGCCGGUGACCCAAUAAAGCGAGUUGGGCCGCGGGAGGCCCUGCCCGGCUCCGUUUCCCAGCAAAGCCCCAGGGUCCCGGGCCGGCGGCAGCUUCCGCGCCUCCGUCGCUGCUCUCGGCUUGAGGGCGCCUCUGGCCGAGGGUGUGAGCGCGCGCCGCCGGGCCCAGCUGGGAGCGACGUAGGCGGGAGGGAGCACCAGCCGCCCCGGAGCGGACAGGCGAGGCGGGGGCGAGGCCAGGAGCCCAAGGCGGCCGCCUAUCCACGUUGCCCGGGAGCCGCUCCACCAGCGGCCCAGUCCGCGGCCCUCGGCCCGCCCCGCGCGCGCGUCCGCGCGCGCGUCCGCCGGCCCAUCCCUCCUCCUCGCCACCCCUCCCGCGCGCGUCCACCGGCUUCCCGGCUCGCGCCGCUCCAUGUAGCCCCGGAUCCCCGGGAGACCGAGGAGGAGGGGGUGACCACAAGAUGGCGGACCUCUCGCUGCUCCAAGAGGACCUGCAGGAGGACACGGACGGAUUUGGUGUGGAUGACUACAGCUCAGAGUCUGAUGUGAUUAUUAUACCUUCAGCCCUGGACUUUGUCUCACAAGAUGAAAUGUUGACGCCACUGGGGAGAUUGGACAAGUAUGCUGCAAGUGAGAACGUAUAUAACAGACAAAUGGUGGCCCGGAGUUUGCUGGAUACAUUGAGGGAAGUCUGCGAUGAUGAAAGAGAUUGUAUUGCUGUUUUGGAAAGAAUUAGCAGAUUAGCUGAUGAUUCAGAACCAACUGUGAGAGCAGAGCUGAUGGAACAGGUGCCUCAUAUUGCAUUGUUUUGUCAAGAAAACCGGCCUUCAAUCCCAUAUGCUUUUUCCAAAUACUUACUACCUAUUGUGGUUAGAUAUCUCGCAGAUCAGAAUAAUCAGGUAAGAAAAACAAGUCAGGCAGCUUUGCUGGCUCUGUUGGAGCAAGAGUUAAUUGAGCGAUUUGAUGUGGAGACCAAGGUGUGCCCGGUCCUCAUAGAGCUCACUGCCCCAGAUAGCAAUGAUGAUGUGAAAACAGAAGCUGUGGCUAUAAUGUGCAAAAUGGCUCCCAUGGUUGGAAAAGACAUUACAGAGCGUCUUAUCCUCCCGAGGUUUUGUGAGAUGUGCUGUGAUUGCAGAAUGUUUCAUGUUCGAAAGGUCUGUGCUGCCAAUUUUGGCGAUAUUUGCAGUGUAGUUGGCCAGCAAGCUACUGAGGAAAUGUUGCUUCCCAGGUUUUUCCAACUUUGUUCCGAUAACGUAUGGGGAGUCCGAAAAGCUUGUGCUGAAUGCUUCAUGGCGGUUUCAUGUGCAACGUGCCAAGAAAUACGGCGGACUAAAUUAUCAGCACUAUUUAUUAAUUUGAUCAGUGAUCCUUCACGUUGGGUUCGCCAAGCAGCUUUUCAGUCUCUGGGACCUUUCAUAUCUACUUUUGCUAAUCCGUCUAGCUCAGGCCAAUAUUUUAAAGAAGAAAACAAAAGCUCAGAAGAUACAUCAGUAGAAGACAAAAAUAGGAUCAGAGAUCAAGAAGUCCCAGAGGAUGUACAAAUCAGGCCAGAGGAUAUUCCUUCAGAUCCCAAUAUCAGUAAUUCCAGUGUCAAUCUGGAAAACACUAUGGAAGAUCAUGCCAACACUACUAGGAAGUCUCCAGGUGAAAUAAAUGUUCCAAUGGACAGUUCUUUACUUUGUACUUUGUCCUCAGACUCUCAUCAGGAAGCAGCUAGUAAUGAGAAUGAUAAAAAACCUGGUAACUACAAAUCUACAUUACGGCCAGAGGUUGGCGCCAGUUCACAACAGUCUGCUCUCUUAGAUCAGGAAUUAUACAACUCCUUCCAUUUCUGGAGGACUCCUCUUCCUGAAAUAGAUCUAGAUAUAGAGCUUGAGCAGAGCUCUGGGAAUAUACUCAACCCAGAGAGACCAGAAGAAACACCUGAAAUAACCAUACCAGGUUCUUCAAACAUCACUAUGGCCACCAGAAAGGAGCUUGAAGAAAUGAUAGAAAAUCUGGAGCCACAUAUUGAUGAUCCAGAUGUUAGAGCACAAGUGGAUGUGCUGUCUGCUGCACUGCGCGCUUCCAGUCUGGAUGCUCGCGAAGACGCCAGUGAUGUGGAGAAGAAAAGUGAUGUGCAAGAUGAUCUGGGCGUCAGUGAGCUGCCAAACUGUAAAAUAAAUCAUGAUGCCUCCGUGCCUUUAAUCAGCGAUGCUGUUGAGAAUAUGGAGACCACCCUUCGCUAUAUUCAUAAUGACUCAGACUUGAGCACCAGUAGCAGUUUCAGCCCUGAUGAGGAAAGGAGAUCUAAAGUGCAAGACGUUGUGCCUCAGGCUCUAUUAGAUCAGUACUUGUCUAUGACUGACCCCUCUCGUGCACAGACAGUGGACACUGAAAUUGCUAAGCACUGUGCGUAUAGCCUCCCAGGCGUGGCCCUGACCCUCGGCAGGCAGAACUGGCACUGCCUAAGAGAGACUUAUGAGACUCUGGCAUCAGACAUGCAGUGGAAAGUUCGAAGAACUUUAGCCUUCUCCAUCCAUGAGCUUGCAGUGAUUCUUGGAGAUCAGCUGACAGCUGCCGACCUGGUUCCAAUUUUUAAUGGCUUUUUAAAAGACCUCGAUGAGGUCAGGAUAGGUGUCCUUAAACACUUGCAUGAUUUUCUGAAGCUUCUUCAUAUUGAUAAAAGAAGAGAAUAUCUUUAUCAACUUCAGGAGUUUUUGGUGACAGAUAAUAGUAGAAAUUGGCGUUUUCGAGCUGAAUUGGCUGAACAGCUGAUUCUACUUCUAGAAUUAUAUAGUCCCAGAGAUGUGUAUGACUAUUUACGCCCCAUUGCUCUGAAUCUGUGUGCAGAUAAAGUUUCUUCUGUUCGUUGGAUUUCUUAUAAGUUGGUUAGUGAGAUGGUAAAGAAGCUGCACAUGGCAACACCGCCAACAUUCGGAGUAGACCUCAUCCAUGAGCUUGUGGAAAAUUUUGGUAGAUGUCCCAAGUGGUCUGGUCGUCAGGCCUUUGUCUUUGUCUGCCAGACUGUCAUUGAAGAUGAUUGCCUUCCCAUGGACCAGUUUGCUGUGCACCUGAUGCCGCAUUUGCUAACCUUAGCAAAUGAUAGGGUUCCAAACGUUCGAGUGCUGCUUGCAAAGACCUUAAGACAGACUCUACUAGAAAAAGACUAUUUCCUAACCUCUGCCAGCUGUCAUCAGGAAGCUGUAGAACAAACCAUCAUGGCUCUUCAGAUGGAUCGUGACAGUGAUGUCAAGUACUUUGCAAGCAUCCACCCUGCCAGUACCAAAAUCUCUGAAGAUGCCAUGAGCACAGCUUCCUCAACCUACUAGAAAGUGUAAACCUCGGUGUCUUUCCUGCUUCCUAAGAAGCCGAGGUUCGACACGUGUUGCACACGUGUGUGAGCUAGGACGCUUUGGGGAGGAAGAGAGACCUUCCUCUCUUGCAGGCUUAAUUGCAGAUGCAAGUUGCCUACAUCGACACCAGGGAUUUUAACAGUCAAGAAAAGUACAGUAAACACUAUUAUCUUAUCUUGACUUUAAGGGAAAAUAAUUUCUCAGAGGAUUAUAAUUGUCACCGAGGCCUUAAAUCUUCUGUCUUCCUGACUGAGUGAAACUUGAAUUGGCAGAGCAUUUUCCUUAUGGAAGGGAUGAGAUUCCCAGAGACCUGGGUUGCUUUCUCCUGGUUUUAUUUAAUGACUUAUAGAUGGAAUUAUAGCCAGAAGGUGGCUGUGAGCCAGGAUAUGAAUGAGACAUUCAGUAUUAGCCCUCGCUGUUCCCAUGCAGGCAAGGACCUGUGCGGUUCUGUGUUUAGCCGCCCAUCCAGCCCUAAGUGUGAAUAGUUUUGAUAUGUAUUAACAGAAAAGGAGAUUUUAAAAAUUUCUCCUAAGGGCUUGAUGCUAACACUAAAGUAGAACAUGAUUUUAACUCAUAAAUGCAGCAUAUUGCUGUACACAUUUACAGAACAUUUGCUGAGUUAUCUAUAUGUCCUGAAUUUUUUGUUUUCAUGCUGGUCAUGACCUGAAUGAAAUUAGCACAUAUACUGUAUGUCAGGUGUUUUUAACUUGAUCAUGAUCAGCUCUGAGGUGCAACUUUUUCUUCACAUACUGUACAUAUCUGUGACCACUCUUAGGAGUGUUGCAGUCUUUAAUCAUGCUGUUUAAACUGUUGUGGCACAAGUUCUCUUGUCCAAUAAAAUUUAUUAAGAUCUGUAUAGAGAGAUAUAUACACUUUUGAUUGUUUUAUAGCUAUCUGCGAAUAAAUGCAAUUUGUGACCUGUAUUACUGACUUAGUAUAAAAUGGGAAAACUAGAUUAAAAUUUUCUCUUUUGACUAGUUUAGUAAUUUCUUUGAAAUCUGCACAUGCCCCCUGGGCAGGGUUCUGCUCUUGGCAGGUGGCAGUUCUGGGUGCUGUGCUCCCCAAGGCUGAUCCAGGUGUGGCUUGUCCUCUGUCAGGUGUGUUACAAGCUGUGGCAGCGGAAUUCUGAGGAUAGCGAGGGCUGUUGAAUCCUGUCUAACAUGAGGCUUUUGUUACCCAAGUUCUUCCAAGGGAAAAGAUGGGCUUCCAGAGGCAGUUACAAAAGUAAACCAAUCUAGAAAACUGAUGAUUCAGCAGUAUUUGAAAUCUCCCAGGAGGCAGAAACAAACAAUUUGUACUCAAACUAUUAACUUCGCAAUAGAAAAAUUAAGAGUGGCAAUAAUUAUGUCCCCAUUGGGAUUUUAAUACUGGCAGAUAAUCUUAGAUCUUCUGAGAUAUCUUUGGAUUUUUUAAUAACCAAGGUAAGGAGGAAAACUGCAUUUUUCUCAGCCCAUGUACUUGGUCAUUGCCAGGUGUCCUUCCUCUCCUCCCUCCGUACCCUCCCACACACAGGCUCCUUCCUCACCAUCCUGCCUGACUCCUAGCUCAUGGGAUGCUAAAUGUUCUCUGCCACCCUUGUCUGAGAAACAUGUUGCAAGCUUUUGUGAGCUUUCAAAGUGUCCCCCACUGAAUUUACCUGGCCAGCCAACUUCCUAUUUGACUACUCAGUGGAGUGGCCCAACUGUCACCUCCUUUGCCAACUCAGGGAUAUUUCUCUGGUGCCAGACCAUGGUGGUUUUUCAAGCCUUCAAACUCUGAAUUAGACAAGCGCGCCAAGUUCCUGACAGCACCACCAGGUUAGUGCCCUAAGCUGCCCAAGCUGCCAGCAUAUCGUCAGGAGACACUGUUCUGGGCAAUUCUCAGUCUGCUGGGCAGGCACUGGGUAUACUGCUAAUUACUGAUUCUUCUUAGACCUCUUAAGUCCAAGUCCCAGUUUCUAUGGGGAUGAGCAUUUCUCAUCCCCCAUUCCUCAGUGCACUGCAAGCUGAGUAUGCCGAAGAAAACAUCCAGAAUCUCGUGUCCCUUCCAGUGUCAGCUUUCCAGGGGAACAUGGAAUGCCUGAAACACCAGGCAUGUGUGCUUAGUGUAUUGGGGGGCAUUGGAGCGAUGCUGCAAGGAGGGGUGGCAAGGUUUUAAACUGACCAUCUGUAGGAAAGAGUGCUGUGUCCCAGGUUCUAGGCCACAUGACCAUUUCCAUGCAUGGUAACAUUUCUGUAAAUCCCAGAGAAGCAGUGAGUAAAGGAGGAAAAGGACCCAACAACUCAGCCAGGCAAAUGGUCUCUUUAAAAUCAAUAAUCCUGACAAACUGGAGGAAAAGUUGGGUCUAGAAAUAAAUGAGUAAGCAAGA